CGUCAACCGUCCCUCGCGGCGCGCGCGGUGCUGAACUCCAAAUUUCCUCUGGGCUUGCUGUGGGGCGUAAACCUGCAGGCUGUCAGGGCUGUUGGCUCGGCGGGAGCCUAGGGCUACCUACUCGGAUCUGUGUCAUCAGAUUACACUCACUUGCUCCUGGGAAGGCGACGACAUCAUCUAGACGCUAUCAUUGGACUCCGCCCGGAGCCCGCAGCUUCGCUCUUGGCAGUUUUGACAGGUGUCGCCUUGAAAUAAAUGGCUCCUGGGCAGAAUCGAGUGGUUGCUCUUGUAGACAUGGACUGCUUUUUUGUACAAGUGGAACAGCGGCAAAAUCCUCAUUUGAGGAAUAAACCUUGUGCAGUCAUACAGUACAAAUCAUGGAAAGGUGGUGGAAUUAUUGCAGUGAGCUAUGAAGCCCGUGCAUUUGGCGUCACUAGAAACAUGUGGGCGGAUGACGCUAAGAAGUUAUGUCCAGAUCUUCUCCUGGCACAAGUUCGUGAGUCCCGUGGAAAAGCUAACCUCACCAAGUACCGGGAAGCUAGUGUUGAAGUGAUGGAGAUAAUGUCUCAUUUUGCUGUGAUUGAACGUGCCAGCAUCGAUGAGGCUUAUAUAGAUUUGACCAGUGCUGUACAAGAAAGACUUCAAAAGUUACAAGGUCAGCCUAUCUCAGCAGAGUUGCUGCCAAGCACUUACAUUGAAGGGCUGCCCCGAGGCCCUACAGUAGAAGAGACUGUUCAGAAAGAGGCUAUUCGGAAACAAGGCUUGCUCCAGUGGCUUGGUUCUCUUCAGAGUGAUGAUCCCACCUCUCCAGACCUCAGGCUGACUGUGGGAGCCGUGAUUGUGGAAGAAAUGAGAGCAGCCAUAGAGAGGAAGACUGGCUUCCAGUGUUCAGCUGGAAUCUCCCACAAUAAGGUCCUGGCAAAACUUGCUUGUGGACUAAAUAAGCCCAACCGCCAAACCCUGGUCUCACAUGGGUCAGUGCCACAGCUCUUCAGCCAGAUGCCAAUCCGUAAAAUCCGAAGUCUUGGAGGAAAGCUAGGGGCUUCUGUCAUUGAAGUCCUUGGGAUAGAAUACAUGGGUGACCUGACCCAGUUCACUGAAUCCCAGCUCCAGAGUCAUUUUGGAGAGAAGAAUGGGUCUUGGCUGUAUGCCAUGUGUCGAGGUAUUGAACACGAUCCAGUUAAACCCAGGCAGUUACCUAAAACUAUUGGCUGCAGCAAGAACUUUCCAGGGAAAACAGCUCUGGCGACUCGGGAGCAGGUACAGUGGUGGCUUUUGCAGUUAGCUCUGGAACUUGAGGAGAGGCUAACCAAAGACCGAAAUGAUAAUGACCGCGUGGCCACUCAGCUGGUCGUCAGUAUUCGUGUUCAGGGAGACAGGCGUCUCAGCAGCCUGCGGCGGUGCUGUGCCCUCCAUCGCUAUGACGCUCACAAGAUGAGCCAGGAUGCAUUUGCUGCCAUCAGGAACUGUAAUACAUCUGGAAUCCAAACUGAGUGGUCCCCUCCUCUCACGAUGCUCUUCCUCUGUGCUACCAAGUUCUCUGCGGCUGCCCCUCCAGCUUGCAUGGAUAUCACUGCGUUCCUGAGUAGUGACUCAAGUUGUCAGCCAAAGGUGCCAAUUGCCAGCUCUGAGACUAGGACCCAGGCACCUGGCCCAGCUGUACCAACCUCUAAAGAGGCAGCCACAUCUCUAGCAUCUUUUUUUCAAAAAGCUGCCAAAAAGCAGAAAAUGAAAGAGACUUCCUUUGUACCUGUUAACACAGCCACAGAGAAGUUAUCAUCCAAGCCUUCACUUGUGUUCCAAAGCAGCCAGACCACAGGAAGUCAGUCUUUCUUUAAGCAGAAGAGCCUGCUGCUCCAGCACACACAGCUGAGGGACUCUGCAACUCCUGACCCUCCACAGGCCAACCCUGAAGUGCAACCAAACUGUCUGCCAACAGAGUGUGUAGCCUGUGGUCCUGACGAUGGAGUGUUGAAGCCGGUAUCCUCUAAAGCAGUGUCUACAGAAAUGAAUGUGGCUGGGGACAGUCCAAACAUGCCGGAUUCUCCAGCUUACAAAUCUCAGGAGGUGGCCCAAAGGGCCACUGAGGACCACGUGCUCUGUGAGAAGUGUGACUCCCUGGUUCCAGUGUGGGACAUGCCAGAACACAUGGACUACCAUUUUGCAUUGGAGUUGCAGAAGUCUUUUUUGCAGCCUUGUACUUCAAAACCCCAGGCUAUUCCUGCCAUGUCUCCUCAGGGCAAAAGAAAUCCCAAGAGUCCCUCGGCUUCCAGUAGUAAGCGCCUUAAGCCCCACGGCAUGCAGACACUGGAAUCGUUUUUUAAGCCACUGGCGCAUUAGUGCUGCCCGGGGCGUCAGGAGAGCGUUACUAUUUUAUUUCUAAGGGAUGGGAUCGCGCUGACUGCUCAAGGGGAGUAUGACAUUUCUAAUACAAAGUUAGGGGUGUUUUCUUCCAGUGGGAUUCUGCUCCUGUUGCUGAUCCAUGCUUUUCCUCUCUAGGGAGAUAGUGUCAUAAAAGGUAUAAAGAACCUUGGCAAGCUCACUCGCUUCCUAUAAAACUAACUAAGGACUAAACGGAGUUAGGAGUACAACCCAAAAAAACUGUAAAAGAAAGGGGGAAGUGGGGCUGGAGAUAGAGCUCACUUGUCUAGGACGGCUUGUGCAAGGCCCCAUGUUUCCCGGUUCUGGGAGGAAAACGAGGACUAUUAAGAUGGGCAAGUGCAAACGGCCAAAGUAAUGGAUUUAGCAGUCUUUCUCAGCCUGCUGUUGGGAUUAAAUCUUUCAGGCUUUUCUGAUAAAUUACAUGACUUUGAAUUACGUAUGAAACCAGGUAGUAGGUUUAAUGGAUAGGAAAACAGACAGCAUAGAUAUUUUUUCCUACAUAAAUAUAA